AUGUCUAAAUUUACUAUUAUUUUCGUUUUGGUAGCCUUGUUUGCGCUGGUGGUCGCGCGUCCACAAGAAGACUCGGAAUCGGUGAUCGUGGCCGAUCAAGAUCCAGGUGCAGUUAACGUUGUUGGCGGAGAUGAACAAGUGAACAUCGUUGACGGUGGGGAACAAGUUUCCGUCGUUGACAGCAGUGGUCCAGAGCCACGG